ACAGUCCAAAUAUUUACAAGAAAAAAAUGUUUUAUGUGGAGUUGAACUUGAUCCCUUUUCUUGUGCGUGUGCAGAAAGUGUGUUGGUCGUGUAAUGGUUCUGGAACUCGUAUGUCUAAUGACCAGUGCAUAACCUGCAGGGGCCUUGGUCGAGAGAACUGUAAUUCAUGUAACGGCCACGGCUCUCGUGAGUGUGAAACAUGUCGUGGGAAGAGACAGAUGCUAGUCUUCAUCAAUCUUACUGUUAAAUGGACCACUGAAAAAGAUGAUUUUGUAGCACAACAAUCGAGUGGUCUGAGAGUGAAAAACCUUGAAAGUGUCUCAGGGAAGCAGCUGUUUCAAAAUGCCCAAUACAUGCUGUAUCCGGUUAUGGGUUUUCCUGAUGCUUCUGUCGCACAAGCUUCUGAACGUUUAGUACGAGAACAUCAGGCGAAAUACGUCCAAAACUCCCGCAUAUUACAACAGAGACAGACAAUAGAGCUCAUUCCCAUUACCAAAGUGAACUACAUGUGGAAAGGAAAAUCCCAUUUUUAUUUUGUGUAUGGAAAUGAGUUUCAAGUGAGCGUUGAUGAUUACCCAGCCACCUGCUGCUGCUCUGUGAUGUAACACAACAAAUAUCAUCUGAUAUAACCCUACACAUUUAUAUACACCAAAAAAUACCGUUCACACAACCACUACUGUGUAUACAGCAACAUUGAUUUAUUUCAUCUGAGUUUGUUUUUAAGCAGCCUGUGUUUGUGUAUUGUCUGAAAUGAUAAAAUUCUGACUUGAAAGUACAGACAUACAUUUGUGUUGCAUUUAAUUUCUUAUUUUCUUAUAACUGUUACUCAAAUGUUUAUAUACUGUAUAUGUUAUAUAUUCAUUCCGUUUUUUAUUUUGACCAAUAAAUCUAUUGUACAAUAUUUUUAACCUUCACAAGGAUGCAUUUCCAAGGGUUGCCAUCUUAAGGUUGUAAACAUUACAGGUCAAUGUUGUAAAGCAGUACAUUUCAACCGUUAUGUGUAAUGGUAUAAAAAACACCUGCUAAAUUUGUAUCUAGUCAUUAAAACAACUAAGAUUCAUCAAAACUCUACUCAUUUUAAUGUAUCAUCACUUCUAUGUGUAACAAUUUUUGAAUAGCCAGCUGGAUCUUUUAGGUCAGCCAGACGAAAAAGUGUCAGAACUGACCAUGAUUUAUGAAAGAGAGGCUUGUUUAAUCUGCUGCAAUGUUAAUCACAAUGUAUUUGUAACAUUUAGUUAUUAACAAUUACAUUAUGAAGUCAUUUAAAACUGAAAUUUAAUCCAGUUGAACUUGGUAGUCCUAAUAAACCUAUAAUUUUGAUACAGGCUCAUACUGUUAAGGUAAAACUUUCUCAGUGAAUGCAUUUAUUACCAAUAUAUUGAACCAUACUGUAAAAAUGCAGCAUUUUUGUCAACAUCUUACUAUGAAAAACGGUAAUAAAAAUGCUUUAAAAUUAAAA